CUGUGUACUGUAGAGCCCCACUAUUCUACUCUCACAAGUCCCAACACUGUUCCCCUGCACUCCGCUCCACAUACAGACUGGACAGGAACACAGACAGGGAUACAUGGACACAGACAUGGAAGCUCCAAGAACACGAACAUUGGAAGAUCUUGGGAUAGCGGUGAUGAGGAGGGGAAGCUAUGACGAAGCUGCGGCUUUAGGACUACAUCCGCACCUUCGCAGUUUGGCCCAGAGGCGUCGUUCCGCCCCAUCCCUGGCUUUUGAGAAGGCUCUGGGCAGCAUGCCAUGGUGCUCUGUCAGGGAGGAGGCGCCGUGCUGGGUGUCGAUGGAGCAAUGCCCUUUCGUCCUGGGUCUUAGCAGUGAGAAUGCGGAGCUGGUCCUGGAUGCCUGUGUUCAGAUCACAGAAGGCAUGAAGACCCGAAGGAGACAACUCUUCCUCUUCAGCGACGUGAUCGCCAUCACCAUGCUCAAGUCCAGUGCUAGCUACCGUCUGAAGCACAGGGUGAGUCUGGAAGAUCUGUGGCUUUAUGGCUUUGAGGAUGAGGAGGAAGAGGGAGAAGGGGGAGAGAUUGACCUCAGGACGUCCCUGGUCCUGGCCUGGCCCCUUGCCUUCUGUGUGGUGUCCUUCCAGUGAGCAACAGCCAUCCUCUGUGUGCAUACAUGAGUGCACACUCAUACAUGUGCACACACACAGUGCAGGCAGACACUCAGGCAGGCAGGUGCACACAAAAACAUAAUGAGUUUCUUAAAGGCCCAGUGCAGUCAAAAACGUGAUUUUUUUCACACUAUGAGGUUGGAAUAUUAUUGUGAAUUUGUGAAAAUCAUGAUAAUGCCCUUCUAGUGUAAGAGCUAUUUGAAAAGUCCCCCUGAAAUUUCAGCCUGUUUUGGUGGGAUGGAGUUUUGGCCUUCAAUGGUGACAUCACUAUUCGGUAAAUGAGUUAAUAGACCAAUAAGAAACAGAGUUCCAAGCCUCUCUGUCAAUAACAGCAAACUUUCCC